AUGAGCCGGGUGCGGAGGAUUCCUCCGCGGAGGCCAUCAAUGCCAUUGCGAUGGGCACUUACUGUUCAUCGGAGUGCAUUGCUUCGAGCAACCCAUCGCGUCACAUUAGCAUCCCAUUAGGUUCUUAUGAGAUGCCUAGAAAUGUAGAAUCGCAAAACGGAGGAUCGUACACCGUCUCACACGAUCCUCGUAUACGUUUUAAAACCUUCAUUUUAUACGCACUGAUCUUAAUAAUAACCGUCCUACUAUGGUUCCUCCUCUUUAAAGUGUUCCUAAAGUAAAAAUUAUAUUAACAAUUUACAUCUACUUUACUUUACAUUUAUAUUUAUUAUAUUACUUUAAUUUGACAUUGAUUAGUGGGUAUUUUUCAUAUUGUUUACAGCAGAGAACUCUGUAGUUUAGUCUUUACUUUAGCCCUUACAGGUCCGGAAGUCACUUUAGUAACUUUGAACUGUUUCAGUCAGUUUAUAGAAUCAGUAAGUUUAUAGAAUUUUUUGGUUUCAAUUAACUUAAUAAUGUUACAAUGAAUGUUCUCUUUAUGUCGGCACGUGUAUCACAAUUAUUAUGUAUUUCAAACCUUUUUAAAAAGAGAUAAAAGAAGGCGCCGAUUGUGUGUGUGUGUGUGUGUGUGUGUGUGUGUGUGUGUGUGUGUGCGCGCGCGCGCGCGCGCGCAUCUGAGAAAAAAACUAUUAUAUUAGGUAAAUUGUCUCAUUACUAUAUUGCUUUAUUAUCUUCUCUACAAAAUGAUUGAUAUGAAGUAAAUGCGCCAACUGUGCGUCAACAUUGAAAUAAAAAAAAGAUAGACCAAGUACAUAAACGCGUGCCUUCAGAAAUAAAUGUAAGAUCAAUACAAUUAGCCAAGUAUAUUUGAAAAAAAGUAAUAUUUAUUUAUUUAUGAAUGAUGGAUUGUCCAAGUAAAGGAGCUAUUGAAAAACGUAGGAUUAGAGAAUUUCAAAAUGCUUGGCUAGAUGAAAGUAUUUUUAAAGGAUGGUUAGCUCCCCAUCCUGCUGAAAAUAAAGCGCUUUGUAUGUUGUGUAACAAAACUAUCAGAUGUUGCAAAACAGAUUUGAUUAAACAUUCACAAACGGUUAAACACAUUGAAAAAAUAAAUUCUGGUAAUUUUAAGGCUACUUUUAAAGAUAGUUUAUCACAUAAAGAACAGGUUAAACGCGCAGAAAUUAAAAUAGCAACUUUUAUCGCAGAGCAUAAUGUAGCCUUUCAAGUCGUGGAUCAUUUAAUUCCUUUGUUAAAAGAUAUUUGUAUAAAACCUGAAGUUGUGCAAGACCUUUCGCUGGCUCGACAUAAGUGUGCAAGUAUUGUUAAAAAUAUUACUGCAAAACGUGAAACUGAAAAAAUUGUUGAAUAUUUAAAAAUUAGUAAAUUUUCCAUUUUGAUAGACGAAAGUACGGAUAUCUCUGAUACAAAAUUAAUGUGCGUUCUUGUCCGCUACGUAUCACCAUUAAAUAAAAAAAUUGUAACUCAAUUAUUAGAAUUAUUAACUUUAGAUGCAACAGACUGUUCCGCGAAUAAAAUUUUUAAAAUGUUUAAAGAAAGUUUAGAAAAACAAAAUAUUCCUAUUAAAAAUAUUGUUGGAUUAGCUUGCGAUAAUGCGUCAGUAAUGGUCGGAUCCAAAAAUUCUUUUAUGACUCAUCUUAAAACGGAAGUGCCAGAAUUAAUAACAAUAAAUUGUAUUUGCCAUUCAUCCGCGCUUAUAGCCAGUAAGGCUUGCGAAAAAUUACCUUCUUCUUGCGAAAAUUUGAUUAGAGGAGUUGCCACUUACAUUUCGGGCAGUGCAAAGCGAUGUGCGAUUUUGGGAGAAUUCCAAGAUUUUUUUAAUGGACAACGAAAUAAAAUAUUAAAAUUGUCGGAAACAAGAUGGUUAUCUUUAGAAAAAUGCGUUGUUAGACUUUUAGAUAACUGGGAAAUUUUAAAAAAUUAUUUUAUGUUAGCAACAGUAGAAGAUAAAUUAAAAUCCGCGGAAAUUAUAUUAGAACAUUUAAAUGAUAUUUUUAUUAAAGCGUAUUUGCUGUUUUUAAAAUUUGCACUAAAUUUUUUUAAUAACUUUAAUGUAUUAUUUCAAUCUCGUAAUAUUUUAAUUCAUAAAUUAUAUGAAAGCAGUCAAAAAUUAAUUCGUCAAAUAGCCGUAAAUUUGGUAAAAAUUGAUGUUUUAGAAAAUAUUUCAACUUUAGAUUUACUAUUGGAUAAUAAAGAUAAUAUAAAACCUAUAAAUGACAUAAAUGUGGGACCGGAUUGUGAAUGUCUUUUAGAGACUUUAUCUUUCGAAUGCGCGCAACAAAUUAGAUUGAAAUGUUUGGAUUUUUAUGUUACGGCAGUUCGCGCGCGCGCGAGAAAUGCUAAAGCGUCUCUACCUUAUAAAAAUGAACUUUUUAAACAAUUAAUUUUUUUGGAUCCUAAUAUAGCUUUAUAUAAUGAAGGUAGACAUAAAAUUAAAAAUUUAACUUAUAUUGCUAACCGGGUAGAGCAUAAUAUUAAUAUAACAAAAUUAUCGUUUGAAUUCGGACAAUUUUACCAUUAAGUUUUGAUGAGCAACAAAAAAAAGAAUUAGCUUCUUUGCCAAUAGAUGAAAUGUGGGCUAAAAUACUACAAUCUGAAAAUUUUGAUGGGACUAAGAUGUUCCCAAACUUAGAAUUAUUAACUCAAGUAGUCCUUUCUUAUCCUCAUUCUAAUGCUGAGGCCGAAAGAAUAUUUUCUAUUGUUUCAGAUGUCAAAUGUAAAAAAAGGAAUCGACUGUCAAAUGAUACUGUUUCCUCAAUUUGUGUUAUUCGAUCUAGUUUACAAGCUCAAAAUAUAAAUUGUACAAAUUUUGAAAUUGACGCGAGGCAUUUAGAACUGCAUAAUACACAAAAUUUAUACGGAAAACAAUGCACAUCUGAUAAUACUUAAUUUUUUUUUUUUUUUUUUUGUUGCAUUUGUUUGCAUUUUUACAUCUAGCCUCUACUUUUUUAUGUAUGCUAUACAUAAUUUUUAAUAUUUGCGUUUAGAAUUUCAGUUUUACUUACAUGACUGUGUUAAUAAUAUAUUGUAGUGACUAAAGCCAAAGAUUUAAUGUGCAAUAAUUUUUAAUAAAAAACAAAUUUUUGUAUUUUAAUAUCCAGCCUCUAUUUUUUAAUACAUGCUACAUAUGAUUCUAAAUAUUAUCAUUUCUAAAAUCAGGUUGAACACGAUUGAGGCCAAUCCAUCACCUUCUCUGACUGUCUAAUCUUAGGAAUGUUAAUUAGUGGCUGCGUUUAGCAGAAAAAGCAGCUUUGCAAUUGUUGUAAAAUUCUUCAACACGAUUGGUUUUUGCUCUUAGUUCCUGUUAGAUCUAAACGUAUAAACCAGUCGUGUUGAAGAAUUUUACAACAGUUGCAAAGCUGCUUUUUCUGCUGAACGCAGCCAUUGAUUUUAAUCUUUUUCUUCGAAUCUGUUAUUACCAGUUUGCAUAUUCUUAUUAGCUUUUCCAGUAUU